UCCGUCAUUCAUUUAACCCGGACGUGAAGCCGCUCCAUAGAAAAAAUAUCCGAUACGGCAAAACAGCUUACCUUCAUAAAAAGAUCUCUUUCUGGACACAUAAUUAUACAGUAAAUUAAAGCAUAGAGGCAUGCCGCAGAAUCCACGAGGCUGAGCUCUUCUGACGAAGAGUGUGAGAAACGGCUGCCACGUGAUGCCACAUCUCUACCUCGUCACCAAUAGGUUAAACUGAACGGUUCCCAGAAAAACACUUCAAGGUUCUGCCUGCAUUCCCUCCAUGUUCUCUGGGUUACGCUGAACACGAGUGUGUGCCCGGAUCCUGGCGGCGGCUGUGAAGUACACAUGCGUGCGUGUGCAUGCAAGUGAGUAAUCACGUGUGUGCGCUUUGUCGGGGACCUUCUGCGGUGGCUGGUGUAGUGACCCUCCCCCUGCCCCACCCCCCCGCUCAAAACUGGCGAUGUCCAGGGUGCCGAGUCCGCCCCCUCCUGCUGAAAUGACCAGCGGCCCUGUGGCCGAAAGCUGGUGUUACACACAGAUCAAAGUGGUUAAGUUCUCCUAUAUGUGGACCAUCAACAACUUCAGCUUCUGCCGGGAGGAGAUGGGCGAGGUCAUCAAAAGCUCCACGUUCUCCUCAGGAGCCAAUGACAAGCUCAAAUGGUGUUUGCGAGUAAAUCCAAAAGGUCUGGAUGAAGAAAGUAAAGAUUAUCUGUCACUAUAUCUUCUCCUGGUCAGCUGUCCUAAGAGCGAGGUUCGGGCCAAGUUCAAGUUCUCCAUCCUUAACGCCAAGGGCGAGGAAACCAAAGCUAUGGAGAGCCAGCGAGCGUAUCGCUUCGUACAAGGAAAAGACUGGGGUUUCAAGAAGUUCAUAAGGAGAGACUUCCUCCUGGAUGAGGCCAAUGGGCUGCUGCCUGAUGACAAAUUGACACUCUUCUGUGAGGUGAGUGUGGUGCAGGACUCCGUGAAUAUCUCGGGUCAGAACACCAUGAACAUGGUGAAGGUCCCUGACUGUCGCCUGGCAGAUGAACUGGGCGGACUGUGGGAACAUUCCAGAUUCACGGACUGUUCGCUGUGUGUCGCUGGGCAAGAGUUCCAGGCACACAAAGCUAUUCUGGCAGCACGUUCCCCAGUUUUCAGUGCUAUGUUUGAACACGAGAUGGAGGAGAGUAAAAAGAACCGAGUGGAGAUAAACGACGUGGAGGCUGAGGUCUUUAAAGAGAUGAUGUUCUUCAUCUACACUGGCAAAGCACCCAAUCUGGACAAGAUGGCUGAUGACCUGCUCGCUGCCGCUGACAAGUAUGCUCUAGAGCGGCUGAAGGUGAUGUGUGAGGACGCUCUGUGCACAAGUCUGUCUGUGGAAAACGCAGCAGAGAUUCUGAUCUUGGCGGACCUGCACAGUGCCGACCAGCUCAAGACACAGGCCGUCGACUUCAUCAACUACCAUGCAUCUGAUGUGAUGGAGACCUCAGGGUGGAAGUCAAUGGUGGCGUCUCAUCCUCACCUGGUUGCCGAGGCAUACCGAUCCCUGGCCUCCGCCCAGUGCCCUUUCCUGGGCCCUCCCCGCAAACGCCUCAAACAGUCUUAGUGUCGCCCCUUACCGUUACCUAACCCGCACACAUGCACACACACUCAACAGACAACUGCCUACAAGAGGGGGGUGCUAUUUUAGAUUUACAACCCCCCCCCCCAAAGCUCUGUCCCUUUAGAUGCCUAAACCAGCUCUUGACCUGCCCCCUUCCUUCACGUUAUCCAGACAGACCCCUCCAGCGCAGAGGACCCUGUUUGUUGCUGCCCCACCGUCGGGUUCCAGUGUUGAGUGUGGAGGCUGCCGCAGGUCGAUUUCUGUCCAAAAAUGUGGCCGACCUCUGCACCAGUCUGGCUAUCUGUUCCAGAGAGAAAUGAUUCUGUUGGACUGGAUUCAUGAGCGUGGGUGGAUGGAUCAAGGUUGAGCUUUUUUUGUUUGGGCAGUUAAACGUGAGAUGGAUUAAGACUGGACUUUUUACGUAACUCCUUCCGCUGGCACUACCUUGUGCUCUCCUUCACUGUGUGAACCGGUUCUCCAUUAUCGCUCCAUCCCUCCCUUCAAAAAUGAUUGGCCGGUAGACAUUCCGCUUUACAGUCAUGGAUGGAGGUUUUGUUCUUUCGAAAAGGAAUAGAGGACAAACUCUGUUAUUAUUGCGAAAUAACUUUUUAAUAGGUGGCAUGUGUCUUCGUAAUGGCGACAUCAGCGUUUAGUAGAUUCCUGUGACGACAAACAACCUUUUCCAGAACUGUCCUCUGUUUCUUGGGAAAAUUGAAACCUAGAACGUUUAUGAACUUUGACUUACAACCCACAAGCUAGCCUGACUUCCAAAUGGAGAUGUUGUAAUGGACUUAAAGUGGUUUGGUCUCCUUUUACAGGGUGAAUAAAUUGAUGAAUCCAGUGAGGAGUGUAAAAAUGGGGAAAUGCUCAUGGAACAAUUUUUUUUUUUUUUUUUUUCCUUGUGAUGUUUAUUUGAGAUUUUUCCUCCUUGUAGCACUUGUGUAUUUGAAUCCAGGCUUUCUGUAUGAAAAAAAAGCCAAAAAAACACAAACCUGUCUGUGUUUGUGUGUUUCUUCUUGUUUUGUAACAGCCACAACAUGUUUGUGGUAUGGGCAAUUCUUAGCGGUUAUCCUGCUUUCUGCUGAUUUCGUUAUCUCUUUAUAUUUGGUCUCAGUCAUGGAUUAGACAAAUCUGGAUCUCUUGCUGAAACAGAAAAUUGGCUUUUUUAAAUAAAUAAAAGCCUGUCCGACAGACAACACAAAGGG